UUAAAAAUAUGGAAAGGUGGAAUGAACAUUUCUCUGAUUUGUUUAUCUGCUGAUGAAAAUUUGCUUUAUUAAAAAGUUAAUUUUUAAAAAAAAACUACCAUUGUUAUACCCAUUAUGUUUUUCACCUCUUGUAGAAAUUCAAACCAUAAAAUGUAUAAAUAUAAAAUAUAUAUUCAAACCAUUGGAAUUCAUAAUGAUACAUGUAUAUCUAAUCUUCAAAAUAUGUAACUAUUGUAUUUUCAUAUCAAAAUCAGGUGUAUAUUCUUAGCUUAACAAUUCUAUGUGCUUGGCAUGAAUCAAUACAGAAUAGAAUGGUGUGACUGCUGAGGCAUAGAUCAAUAUGAAAAUCUCUGCUCAUUACUUCCUCCUGUCAAUCAUUUAAAUAUUACACCUCCUGACUUUAGCUGUAUCUUUUCGUAUUGUGAUCGAUGGACUUCAAUCCCAGGACAUGCAAAGUGCAAGAACAUGAAAAUGUUUGUACAAACAAUAUUUCAUCGUCAUUCAUAUUUCUGAAAAUACAUGUAUCGCACAAAAGAAUCAUAUAUAUAAUGUUCACCUCACUACUCAGUUACAUCAAUUAAUUAGAAUUUAAAGACUGAAAUACAGAUUUAUAUUAUGAAAUGGAGAAAAUCCCAUGGAUAUUUGAGAAGAUUUUCUUUAUUAAAGGGGAACAGUGAAAAACACAACGUGUUCGGAAAUGUCAUUGUGGGCCAUCAACGUCUAGACUGAAAUUGCACACGUAAUUCAGUAUAAUACAAGGUACAUGUCAAGUCUUCAGUCACUAGACAUUUAAUUUCAUCUGGAACAUCUACGCUUGUGUUUUGAAACGGAAAUGCAAAUUUUGAUUACUGUCAGACAGUUUACUUGUGCAGUAUAUGCACAAGUUAAAAUCUUGUCUGAAAAAGAAAUGGAGGGGUGUUCACUUUGAAGGUUGAAAACCACAGGAUAUAGGCACACACGAUGUAGAAAUUUUUAUGAGGAUUUUCCCCAGCAUAAUAUUGGAAAGAGAGGUUGGAAGAAAGGAGGUGAAAGAUCGAGGUACCAUCUUCAUCUGAAGAGCGCUUUAUGACUAGCAUUAAUCAUUGACCUCAUCACAAAGAGAGGAGUUUCUUUACUGAGAGAGAGAAUUGUGCGUCAAAUUAACAAAGUCUUCUGUAAAAUUAGCACCACCAACACAGAAAAAAACAUAUGUGAUCUGAUGAAAGGAAAUAAAACACUGUUUUAUUCAUUUCCAUGGCUGGGUUCCAUUGAAGUCUGAAGGCAUUCCUUCUGAACACAGGAGUAAUAAGAGAGACUAACUGCCAUUGAUCAUUAUAUUCCAUAACACACAUUCCCAUGGUGACAAUGACCAGAGUUCACUCUGAUAUCACUGGAUGAAUUCAAAAUAAUUCUGCAGAUCAAUUUUCCCUUGGUCCAUGUGAAGACACUGACAAGAAACAUUUUAUUGGAAUCGGAAUUAAGUUGACUCAUGCGUCAGUCCACCAGUGUGCAUGCAAUUGUGAAUGUUUUUAGCAUCUGUUACAGUGUGUAGUUGCAUCCAUCAACAGCUAUUUUUUGUUAUUUCAUUACAUGUGAAUUUGAUCAUGAGUGUGGGAAUCUACACCAAUUGCAAAAUUUUGUGCUGUAAAAAGACAGGAUGGUGUGUGUGAAAUUUGCUGGAAGAACUGGAUGAAAUUCUUCUUUCUGGAUAAUUACAAGUUUUUCUGGCAAUGAACUGGCAGAGAACAAAACUCUGUUUUUGACUAAUUACACAGGAUUACAAAGCAGAAUAACAAUAUGGAGAGGAGCACCCAAUGCACAAAGACUCAAGUCUUGAGAGUAAUAUUCAUGAUUGCUGUGAAUGUCAUCUUCAGUAUGGCACAUGAUUGUGAUGUUAGUUACGGAGCUGACAUGAAAGCAAACUGCAGUGCUAGAGGGUUAAAGUUUAUUCCUUACGACUUGCAGCAUAAUAUUGGUUCCCUGGAUUUACAACACAACAAUCUUGGAAUCAUUGAGGAAAAUGCAUUUGUCAAAUAUGAUCAACUAUACUCCCUAAAUUUAGAGAAUAAUUCCAUUACGGAAGUGAAAGCCAAUGCAUUUCAGCUACUCAGGAGACUGAAGUACUUAGAUUUAUCUCGAAAUAAACUCAAAACAGUGCCAUCUGGAGCAUUUACCGAUUUAGUCUCCUUACUCCUAUUAAAUUUACGAGGAAAUAUGAUCUCAAACAUCAACGAUAACGCAUUUACAAAACUACAAUCUCUAGUAGAACUCAAUUUAGAUGGAAAUUACAUUGAAAACAUCGAGCAAGAUGCCUUUAAAGGAUUAAACUUUCUACAAGUUAUUGAUCUACAAAAUAAUGCUCUAAAAACUUUGACAGAAGGGGUAGUGCAACACCUGACGCACCGCAUGAGAGAAUGGAGAUUGUACAAUAAUCCAUGGUAUUGUGACUGCAAGAUUAGAUGGCUUUACUCUUUUUUAAAAGGGGGCAAAAAUUCAAAUUUAUCAUGGAAAUUCAGGGAAGGUGAGCCCAUGUGUCAAGGACCCCCACUGGUAAAAGACAAAUACUUUUCUCAACUGAACCAAAGUUAUUUUGUGUGCCAAAUUGUCAUGUACUCAAGUGGUCACCGAAAAGACGCUAACCUUGGAGAAAAUGUCAAUAUUCUCUGCAAAUAUUUUUCCAAUCCCUUUAUCCAGCCUUUAUGGUUAAAAGAUGAAGAACAAAUUGAACCAUCUGAUGGAAAAAUAAUCAUCCAUACCACUGGGAAAGAAACUAUUACAAGUAUUUUGAGAAUAAAGCACUUUCAGUAUUCAGAUAUAGGGGAGUAUAAAUGUUUUCUCGAGAAUGCUAGAGGGUCAAAAUUCAUCUCCUACACUUUGUCUGUCCCAGGGCUGGAUCCAGAGAAUUUGCCCACCACUCCUGAGAAUUCUUCUCUCCAGCCUUUGGCUAUUUCUGAAUCUCAGAGCCAUGACAGAGGUCCAGACAAAAAGACCAUCAUUAUCAUUGUGUCGGUAAUAUGUGGAUUUAUAUUUGUUUCCAUCAUAGUUGGAUUACUUGUUUAUGUUUGUGUUCGUAUAAAGCGUAACAAAAGAUUACGGAAGGAGGAGCGGAGUUUGACAUUCAAAGAGCAUCUGAAAACAACAAUUCUCAGUGAAUCUACUAUAAGGGAGUCCAAAAGUGAUCUUAAACUUGAGACAAUAAGUGUAGAGGAGAAACCUAUUGAAAAACAACCUUUGCACUCUAAGGAAGGUGAAGAGAGAAAUGGCAUCAAUACAUAUGUGUCAUUCAAAACAGAAUACCCAGAAACAGAGGACCAGUUUUAUUCUAGUACAAACACAAACAGAACUAAAGAAAGUGAUAGUUCGAAUUGUGAAUCUACUUCUCCCUUACUGGAGAAUUUCUCCCCCAUUAGGAGUGAUUCUUACGAUCCUUUAUAUGAAUCUACCCCAAACUCAUUCUAUAAUAUGCCCAAAGCCAGCACAUUGAACUCUAGGUACCUGAAUUCAGACAGCUCUUAUGAUACAUAUUUAUCUUAUACCCCCUAUAGCACCUUGUCACAUACUGGCCCAUAUUCUCUGCCACCUCAUGGACAUAUUGCAGGAAUACUGCCCAGCAAAAGGACUAGUGUGUCAGCAGGCUAUUUAAACUCAAUACCUCCCAAAAAGCCACCUCGGUUAUUCCAUUCUAGGGAUAACAUGUCUCUUACAUCACAAAAUUCUCAAACAAGUGAUUAUGGUGAACACAAGCUAAAACUGUCUCUACCAAAGCCAGGAACAGUGGAUAAUUAUGGGACAGCUGUGUAGAGCCUGACCUUCUCACCUGCCAAAAUGUAGUUCAUAAUAUACCAAAGUAUUCUUUUAUAACAAGUACCUGCAAAGUUUCAAAUUAGUGCAAUGGGGUAAUGUUAUACACAUGUUGAUUAUUUUUAUACUGAAUCUGCAGGUUAUCAUUGUUAUUAUCUCAUGACUUAAGAGCAUGCAAUGUACAUGUACAAUGUGUACAGAAGACUAACGAAUUGUAUACAUUCCAUUUGAAUUGUGGUAUGUGAUGAAAGCUACAUCUUGUCCAUGAGUGAUCACAUACAACAAUUUCUUGUUUCUAUUCUACAAAAAUACUUGAAAAGUGUAAUGAAAUACAAGAAAAUUACUACAUGUUGGCAUUUCUUCAAGUUAAUUACCCAGGGAUGUGUUUUAUCUUCAAACAUUUGGGUGUAUAUUUACAUAUCAAGCCUGGAGCUCGGAUGCUCUUGUUAUAUUAAGAAAUUUGAUGGAUUGACCAAUUUCACUUGCCAAACUUUUGUGUGGUUCAUGCCAACAUCUCACAAAAAAUUUGUAAACAUUUGUGUUCUUUUUAAUCUCUCUGAAAGUAAAAAAAAAAAGAGCCUGGGAAGCUUUUGUUUUAUUCUUUUGCAAUACAAGGUGACACAGUGCUUUUUAUUAUGCAUGCCUAGUUUUAUUGUAUAUACAUAGUGCUACAGUUUCUGAUAGCCAGUCUCAAACAAAAGAAAACUAAUUUCAUGCAUUUUUUUUUUCCUGCUAUCAAUUAAUCAGGAUUAUAAGCACUUUCUUACUUACACUGAACAUGUCAUAGAUGAGAUAUGACUGGUGUACAAAGGGAGCUUUUGUUCGUCAUUUCAACUUGUGCGUUGUUUUCAUACUUGUGCUGUAUGUAUUAGUCUCACAGAAUGCUCAAUUUCAGACAAAUAAUAAAUUUUGCUUGUU